AGUAUGGAAGUUAUGGCAUACCCGUGGAAGUUAUGGCAUACCUGUGGAAGUUAUGGCAUACCCGUGGAAGUUAUGGCAUACCCGUGGAAGUUAUGGCAUACCUGUGGAAGUUAUGGCAUACCUGUGGAAAUUAUGGCAUGUCUGUGGAAAUUAUGGAAUGUUUACAAAAAAAAAAAAAAAUUUUUUUAAUAGUAAUAAUAACAAUAAAUUUUAG